ACAUAAACGUAUGAAUCCUCUGAAUAAAAUCAAAUAUUCAACAGACUUGUUCCCUUUUCAUAACGCUUGUUAUUCUCCAUAAACUACAUAUCGACCACGAGGAGUUCGUCUCUAGUGGGUUCAGAACCAUUGCCACAGUGUGGAUACAUCGCUCGAACGCUCCACAUCGGUUUUUCGCCAUUCGCUCCUACCAGGGAAGGUAAUUCGAUUCGGUUGGUGAAACUCGCGCGAUAAGUCAACGGCAGGUUCUCUUGCUUCGGGGUGUUAUCAACACACAACUUGUCGUCGUCGGUUGGACGCGUAGCGUAGAUUUUAGACGGCGUCGUCGGUCGGCGGUAGAUAAACAACCUGUGUCACGAAACAACACCGCUGAGCUGGAAAAGAAGGUGACGCACACUGUUCCGGCGAAACCGAAUUGGAUUGCAACUUGUUUGGAUACCUGCAUAUUUAUUUGUGAAGCUUGAACAAGAGAUAGCGUCCCGCGGAGCGUCCUUCCUAACGUUCGGCAGCAAGCAACGACUCAGUGUCUAUAUCAGGAGGGCGGUUUUCGAUAAAGUGUGUCUUGCCGGUGGUGGUCGGUGGUUGAUGUCUGUGUGCACCGGCUGAAACAGUACUGAACGGCUAAUGAACUCCAUUCGGCUGGUACAGCCGUUUCUGCGCUUCUUCUUCUCCGAUACGUAACCAUUAGCCCGCCGUCGUCGUCGGUCGGUUGGUAGUAAACAGUUAAAACAACGAUAUCCAUAUCUCGAAAGCAUGGCCCGGUGAGGUGUGAACAUAUUUAGUUAGAGUGUGAUAGUUAGGCAUACCGAAAGGGUUUCAUUUGGGCAGGCGGAGCCUCUACGAUUGUACCGAAAGCUGGAAGCCUCAAUGAAUAGAAUUCUGUAGUGAGUAGUUUUGGUAGAAGCAGAGACAUGAAGUACAAAUUUUGCAGUUUGAAUGCGUUGGUGGUCGUGAUUGGCUGCGUUCUAGUAGCCGGCUCUCUAGCCUUAACCGUAGAAAAUCCAACCGCUCUCACCGUGAAGGCUCAGGCCUGCUGUCGGGACAACGAUGUCCUGUCCACGGUCCACAGGGAAUGCUUUAACCAUUCGAGCAAUAGUUCUUACCCGCUGCAGCUGAACUGCAGCCAGUACUACAUCAUAUACCAGGAGGUGGAAGCGGAGGUGCACGUCAACGACCAGGGGAAACUGGUGGAAAAUGAAUACGAAGUCGACUGGGACAGAUACUGCUCAGGAACGCUCCUCGAAGGAACCGGAAGUCAACCGGUUUUCCUCGUGUGUUUCAGUCCGGAGGAUCAGCAGCCGAAUGUGUCGCUGUUCUUCAGCAAAGGCGUCAUGAUGCUGAUUUCGGUGUUCUUCCUGGCGAUGACUCUGUACAUCUACUUCAUCAUUCCGGACCUGCGAGAGACGCAGGAUAAGGUCACCUCGAUAGCUGUGGCCUGCCUGAUGGCGUUCAUGAUAUUGCUCAGUAUGGUGCAGCUGCAGGCCUCCCUAACCUUCCAUCCGUUGCUGUGCAUGACGAUGGCCUUCCUGAUGUACUUCUUCAUGAUCAGCUACUUCGCAUGGUUGAACACGGUGAUGGCCAACGUCUGGAAGUUGACAGUCGCACGACGGUGGAAAAUCAGAGAGAAGGCUUGGUACGUCCUGAAUCACAUCUACGCACACACGGUCGCGCUCACGUUAACAGCCAUGGUCUACAUCUACCACAUGCGGAAUCCAACGUUCGGGGAAAUAUCCUGCUGGUUUCGAACGGAGCGGGAGCAGUCCUACUUCGUCUAUCUGCCAUUGAGUGUCAUGCUCACCAUCAACAUUUUCCUCUUCGUUUGGACCAGCUAUCAUCUGCAUGCCAGCGGCGACGACAUUAGCCCGGAUCGAAAGAAAGCACUCCGUUACAAAUGCAUGCUCUACUUGAAGCUGUUCCUCCUGGCCGGACUGAUCUGGAUUUUUGAAAUAAUUUCCUUCCACGUGGAAGACGGACGUCUACAUCGGUCUUGGUUCUGGUUUUUGAUCGAUUCCAUUAAUUGCCUCCACGGAGUGCUUAUCUUCUUCGUGCUGAUCGUUUGGCGCCAGCGCAUCAAGCGGGAACUGUCCGGACGAAAAGUAUUUUGCUUCCGGGGUCCAGCCAGCUGGGCCCAGCUCAAAGAUGACGAACAGGAACAACUGGCGGACGAGGGUCGAGACUACGGGAAAUAUGAUUUGAUCAUCAAGUGAAUGGAAUGAUCAGAAUGUGAGGGUUUUCAUCCGCAAAGUGGCAGCAUUAUUACCCAAUAAGUGACAUUACUUACAAUUAACAUCAGCUAAACAUGCGAACAGUGACUUACGUGAAGGUACUUCAUCAAUAUAAGAUAUAGAUGUUAUAACAGCGAAUAACAGCAGAUACUGUGCGCCAACUACACCGUUAAAAAUUGUAGGAUAGUUAACAAUUGUUUGCGAGCUUUAGUCUAUGAAUUGUUGUCAAAGUCGAUGAUAAUAAGCAGAAUCGCACUAAAAUAAGUUGAACUCCAUGAACAGUGAAGUCAAACCGUGAACUAACAAAUGCAUUGGAUUUUAAUAAACGUAAACAAAUCGA